GCCCUUCUGAAGAUGAACAUCAGAAAAAAAAUUAUUCUUUUACUUUUACUAUAAGAAAGUGGGUUUUGUUGGUCUAAUAAUUUUUAAAUCUCUCAGUUGCAAUUAAAAUAAUUCAUUUCCUUCUUCUCUCCUCUUUUUUUAAUGUCAAUAAUCUCAUUUCUUCACUGUGGAGGAUCGCCAGGGAUGUACCGCCAUUCUUAUUAUAUUCUAUAGAUAUGAAGAUUCAGUGUGAUGUUUGUGAAAAAGGGGAUGCGGCGGUGUUCUGCACGGCGGAUGAGGCGGCGCUCUGUGAUCUUUGUGAUCACCGUGUCCACCAUGCUAAUAAGCUUGCUUCGAAGCACCGACGGUUUUCUCUGCUCCGUCCUGAUGCAGGGGAGGCUCCCGUGUGCGAUGUGUGCAAGGAGCGGCGAGGGUUUUUGUUUUGUCAACAAGAUAGAGCGAUUCUGUGUAGAGAGUGCGAUGAUCCAAUUCAUUCCGCUAAUGAACUCACUAAGAAGCACGAUAGGUUUCUUCUAACUGGGAUUAAGCUUUCCGCCAGCGCUGCUCUGUAUGCGCCACCUCCAUCCGGCGAGAAACAAAUUGAGAGUGGUGGUCGUGUUGUUUCUGCAUCUAAGUCAAAGGGGUCUGUCAAGAAAGUGGCUGCGGUUUCCAAGGUUCCAACGAUAUGCACUCCAAAUGUUUGUGUUAAUGCCCCAACGAACAUAACUCCAGCGGCAGUAGUGAACAAGGGGGGUGGAGGUCAGAUUGCGACCGGCGGAGGUGGAUCGGCGAGUAGCAUAUCGGAGUAUUUGAUGGAGACGCUUCCUGGGUGGCACUUCGAAGAUUUUCUUGAUUCUUCUGUCUCUCCCCCUUUUGUGGAGUUUGAUGAUGGGAUAGGAUUUCCAUUUGUGGAAGGUGAUUUGAAUGGUUGUUUUUCAUCAUCGGAACGUUUAGAGCUUUGGGUCCCUCAGGGGCCACCAGCUGCGCUGUAUAAUUCAGGAUUAAUGAUGAAUAAUGGAUUGAAGGACACAAAGGAAUUGGGGGUAAAUUCAUCAAAAGUCAAUCGAGAGUGGACUGAUGAUGGUUUCACUGUGCCACAGAUCACAAGUACAGCCCCAUCUUCAGGCUUUAAGAGAUCCAGACCUUUUUGGUAAAAAUUGGCAUAGCAAUCAAUAACCAAAUACACUUCCAUUUCCAGUUUCAAAUCCUUUAUUCCUUCCAUUCUCAAGAAAGAAAAGAAAACCUCGUUUCUUCUCCCCGUUUUUCCCCUUCCGGCUUCUUUUACUUUUUUUGUUUCAUCUGUAAUUUAAUGGGUUUCUUUUACAUUUUGUUUAGGUUUCACCUCAUGUACUUUAAUAGGUACAUUCUUCUUCUUGGGGUUUCUGUUAAUUAGUUCUUUUCCUGAAAAAAAAAAAAAAAGGUUCAGAUGUAAUAUAAUGGGCUCUUCUUCUUCUU